AGUUUGAAAAACUCUCCAUGGAAAAAACUCCAGAUGGAGGAAGAUCUGGAAAUUUGCGGAGACGGCUGUUCGGAGCUUCCGAAACAUUCCCGUAAAAUAGGAAAAUCGCCAGUGAAGCAGACUACUCCGGCUAAGAAGGUUCCAAGUAGCAAGGGAAGUGAGGAAAAAUCGGUUCCUGAGCGGGGAAGCAUUGAAAAAAUUGCAGCUUCAGCUGAGGAGAAAAAACCCGGCCAUUGUUGCCGGAAAACGAGGAAAUUGACUGACAUUGUUGAAGGUAAUGGAAUUUCAGUCAAUAAGAAGAAAAAGUCUGUAGGGAGCAGUGGGCAUGGCAAGAAAAGAAACACGGCAGGUGAUGGAGAAGACAAGGCAACCGAGAGUCUGAAGGAAGCUGGUAAAAAGGGGAGAGUGAAAAAGAAUAGGAAGAAGAAGGGGUUUGACAACCGUUCGGAAGAUGAAGAAAGAGGUCGGCUUAAGAAUGGAAAUGAGGCAAAUAAGAAGAAUGACAACAAUGGGAAGGGAGUUGAAUCAAACAUGUGCCACCAAUGUCAGAGGAAUGACAAAGGACGGGUUGUUCGCUGCACCUCCUGCAAAGCGAGGAGAUAUUGUGUGCCUUGUAUCAAAAGAUGGUACCCUCGUAUUCCAGAGGAGGCUUUUGUGGAAAAGUGCCCUGCUUGUCUCCACAUUUGCAAUUGCUCAUCAUGCCUUCGACUAGACAGGCCCCUAAGGAACAAUCAAAAAAUUGAAGUCAGCAAUGUGGAGAAGGUGCAGUACUCGAAAUAUAUCUUGCUAGUGCUUCUACCUAUCUUGAGACGAAUAAAUGAAGAACAAAUGAUGGAAAAGGACAUUGAAGCAAAGAUUCAAGGAGUAUCACUUUCAGAGUUAGUAAUAGAGAAAGCAAACUGCCACCGGGAGGAUCGGUUGUAUUGUGACUGCUGCGAAACAUCUAUUGCUGAUUUUCAUAGAAGCUGUUCAAACUGUUCCUAUGACCUUUGCCUUACUUGUUGCCAAGAGCUCAGGAAUGGUCAUCUGCAGGGAAAUGUAAGAGAAUUUAUCAUGCCAUAUAUUGACCAUGAUCUGGAUUGCUUGCAUGGAAUUGAGCCAAACUCUGCUAAAGUGAAAUCAAGAGAAAAUGCCAACAGGCACUAUCCACCAAAGAUGCUUGAUGGCCACUGUAAUGAAUGGGAGUCUGAAGAAAAUGGCAGAAUUUUUUGUCCACCCGAGAUUAUGCGUGGUUGUAGUAAGGGAACUUUAGAACUUAAACAUAUCUUUGGGGUCAGUUAUGUCACUAGGUUAUUAGAAAAAGCAGAAGAAACAGCUAUGUCAUGCAAUUUGAAUGAUAUGCUUGAAAGUUCUCAGAGGUGGUGCUCUUGUUCAAAAUCAGUAGAUGAAAAUAUCAUUGAUAACACUAAAUUACGAAAAGCAGCUUGUAGGAAGGAUUCUGAAGACAAUUAUUUGUACUCUCCUGUUGCCAAGGACAUUCAACAUGAGGAUCUCAAACACUUUCGAUCACAUUGGCUUAAUGGUCAGCCUGUCAUUGUCAGUAAUACGCUAGAAUGUGCUUCAGGGUUAAGUUGGGAGCCUAUGGUAAUGUGGCGUGCUUUUCGCCAGAUAACAAAUCUAGUCCGUUCUCAACAUCGUAAUGUCAUUGCUCUUAACUGCUUAGACUGGAGUGAGGUUGAGACCAACACCCACCAGUUUUUUGAAUGGUAUAUGAAAGGUAAAACUGAUACGUCCGAAUGGCCUCUGCUUCUCAAGUUGAAAGACUGGCCUCCAUCAGUUAAACUUGAAACGUGGUUACCUCGUCAUUAUGCUGAGUUCGAAAACUGCCUGCCUUUCAAGGAAUAUACAGAUCCUAAACAUGGCUACUUAAAUCUUGCUGUUAAGUUGCCAUAUGACACCGCAAAACCAGAGAUAGGAGCGAAGACAUAUAUAGCUUAUGGUUUUCCAGUGGAGCUGGGGCGUGGAGACUGUUUAACUAAAUUGCACUGUGAUAUAUGUGAUGUGGUGAAUGUCUUGACACAUACUCAAGGAAUAAACCCAACACCAGAGCAACUUUCAAAUAUUGAAAAAUUGAAGAUGGGUUAUGCCACCCGAGAUAAAAAGGAACCGCAGACAGUUCAUACGAAUGAGAGUGAAAGUGGCAUCGUCAAUGGGUGUAUGUUAUCAUCCUCUGAUGCACUUGAAGGCACUGAUGGUGCUCUCUGGGACAUCUUCAGGAGGGAAGAUGUCCCUCAGUUGGAAGAGUAUCUGAAGAAACACUUUAAAGAGUUCACGCAUACUAACUGCUCCCCAGUGUCGAUGGUUGUUCAUCCUAUUCAUGACCAAACCUUUUACUUGACUGUUGAGCAUAAAAAGCGGCUAAAAAAAGAACAUGGGAUUGAACCAUGGACUUUUGUUCAGAAGUUGGGAGAUGCUGUUUUUAUUCCAGCAGGCUGUCCUCAUCAAGUUAGAAACUUGAAGCCAUGUAUAAAAGUUGCUAUGGACUUUGUCUCUCCUGAAAAUGUUCUAGAGUGUGUGCGGUUGACUGAAGAAUUCCGAACUCUUCCCCAGAAUCACAGGUCCAAGGAAGAUAAACUUGAUGUGAAGAAGAUGGUCAUUCAUGCAGUCAAUGAAGCUAUAAAGGAUUUGAACGACUUGAACCUGGCUACCCUACGACUAAGAUGAUUUGCUCAGGAUAUGAAUGCGUAUGGAGUUGUUGAUAUGUGCUUCUGAUAACAAAAACUUGAACGAUGACGUAAUUAUGGGAUGUGGGGUUUUUGAACUUUGAAGUUCCCACUGGGGCUUUUUUGACUAAACUUUUGCUUAGUAUGAAAGUAUGCUUCCUACCAUUAGCAUCCGUACUUCGACUCUUUUUUUGAAAAUGUCAGUAGUUUGACUUGAAACACACUAAUUGAAGGGAAGUGAGAAUUACAAAAGUAGCACGUGAGUACGUGACAAAGGGAAAUGGCACUUUCACUUCCUGGCAACAUUGAAAUGUAGUUAC